AUGGCUUCAUUUAAGCCGUUAGAAGGAAUUCGCGAGGAUAUGUCACCUAACGCGGGACAGUUACAGCUGAAUGUAUUAACUGCGAUCGGAAGAGCGCGAGCGAUCGAUCCAAACGUUAUCGUUAGCCACAGCGGUGAAAUCGCUUUCCUCAAGAAAGAAAUACAAGGAAAGGAAGAAGAAAUAUCAAAGCUAAGGGACGCCAUUCAACAGCUUACGGAGAAAAACGACGACCUUAAACUGACGGUGGACUUGAAAGACAAAGAAAUCAAGAGCUUGAAGGAAAAAAUCGACAAACUGGAAACUGAAAAGAAGACUUUGGAGAAGAAGUUGAGAUCAGUCGAAGGAGAAUUAGAAGAUGUGAAAGAGGAAGUUGGCGAGUUAAAAGAGGCCAACAAGAGUCAAGAGGAAAGAAUCAUUAUGCUGCAAGCGAACGAGGAAAGAUUGUCAAAGAGAAUUGAUGGAGUAAAGAGUGAAAAUAUGACUCUUAAAAAGGAGCUCAAAGACCUCAAAGAAACGUUUCAACGCAGGCAGCCGCCAUCAGUGGUUUCAGCUGAACGACUUGCUUUACCUGCUAUUGACCUAGAAGAGUGGCCCACGAUUAUCCUUGGCGAGAUGUGCAGGCAAAUUCAAAUCAUGAUGUACAAGCAAGUUCUACCAAAACUGUACGUACCUCGAAAGAGUUACAAAAUAAAGCAUAUACAAGAGGAUAUCAAGGAUUUAAACGAUGAGGAACAACAAGAAGCGAAGCGUAGAUAUGACGACCUGAGGAAGAACUUGAAGUGGCAAGAGAAAAUCCACGUCAGGGCAAUGAAGUCAAUCCAGGACAGCAGAAAUACCGCCGCUCAUCCUGAACUAAAUGAGGAGCUAAUACGUUUCGCAGUAGAUCAGAUGGAGAGGGAAGGAAAACUGGAUGACUGGCAUAGCCCCGAUUGCGUCCGAGCAUUUAUUGAAAUGUGGAAAAAACUGACACAACUGUGAGAUCUUCUACAGUAGAUGUUUCAACUAAUCAAUGUUGCAGUUCAGGUGGAGUUUUAAUAGUCUUUCUCCAUCAUUUUUACUAUAGAUAUUUAUCGAAGGGUAAGUAGGAUUUAGUAGCUUCACUGAGCGAGAAUAAUGCAUGAUGUCUUGGAACGAUGCAACUGUGCCUUAAUGCUUUCCUCGCGUAAGUGAUAACAGACAUGCAGAGUCAACGUGUUUCUGAAAAAUGAACUCGACGUAGGGCGCUGACUCUUAAAACCGGCACUGUUUGGAGUGAUUUUGCGAUGAAAAAUAGGGUAACUGAGACAUGUUUGUCCAAGAGGCAUCAAUAAUGCCGUGUCAUUUCAACUUUAUUUAGCUCAUGAUUUAAGCAAUUUCUUUACAGGCAACAAUAGCUGUUGGUGACUUUAAUAUAAGCGGGUCACUAACAGCAAAUUUUUUCCUUAUUGCAUGUCAGCUAUGAUUUCUAAAAUACGUCUUCAAGUUUCCUUCAUUUUAUGAGAAUUCAAGUUACUACGUUAAUCUACCUAUUUCCGAGAAAAGCAGAAACCUAAUCAUCCGGAUAAAAUUCCUAGAAAGCAUCGCACAUGGGGUCGUCUCAGGUUGUCAGAAAGUAACCGAAGAAGUGUCUUAUUAUAGGCUUUCGUAGACCCUUUUCAUGUUCAAACUAGAGCUUUUGGUACAGCUCAUGGGACUUACAUUAGAGGAAUAAAGUUGUAGCACCUCAUUUUCCAUACUCCGGUUUAGUUUAGCUUAGGAUGGCUUUGCCGCCAAUUAUGUUGCGAACCGAAUAAGACGAAAGUCUUGAUAGUAUGUUAACUUAAUAAUGUAGCCCAAUAUUUCAAAGAAACACUUUUAGUUCAACCAAAAGAAUAUUGUGAACAUUUUGCACAAAAUGCGAAAAUUCACCGAUAUUGGCACGAAUCUAGAAGGGAAAAUCAGCUAGGUAGCAGAGGUCGAGAUUGUCAACAUAGACUGAUGUUUGAACACGACACUAAAUACUGACGAAAAUUUGUCCUGUUCUAGCAUUUCACCAUUUGGCGGUAUAGGCAAGUAAUAAUGCUUUAAAAGUCCGCUUCACUCGAUACAACUAUNUACGUCUUCAAGUUUCCUUCAUUUUAUGAGAAUUCAAGUUACUACGUUAAUCUACCUAUUUCCGAGAAAAGCAGAAACCUAAUCAUCCGGAUAAAAUUCCUAGAAAGCAUCGCACAUGGGGUCGUCUCAGGUUGUCAGAAAGUAACCGAAGAAGUGUCUUAUUAUAGGCUUUCGUAGACCCUUUUCAUGUUCAAACUAGAGCUUUUGGUACAGCUCAUGGGACUUACAUUAGAGGAAUAAAGUUGUAGCACCUCAUUUUCCAUACUUCGGUUUAGUUUAGCUUAGGAUGGCUUUGCCGCCAAUUAUGUUGCGAACCGAAUAAGACGAAAGUCUUGAUAGUAUGUUAACUUAAUAAUGUAGCCUAAUAUUUCAAAGAAACACUUUUAGUUCAACCAAAAGAAUAUUGUGAACAUUUUGCACAAAAUGCGAAAAUUCACCGAUAUUGGCACGAAUCUAGAAGGGAAAAUCAGCUAGGUAGCAGAGGUCGAGAUUGUCAACAUAGACUGAUGUUUGAACACGACACUAAAUACUGACGAAAAUUUGUCCUGUUCUAGCAUUUCACCAUUUGGCGGUAUAGGCAAGUAAUAAUGCUUUAAAAGUCCGCUUCACUCGAUACAACUAUGUCCCAUGCGAUGAGCUUUCCCAAAAUAAGCUUAGUCGUCAGGAGUCACGACAGUCACCUACAACUUUGGCUAUCGUUAUAGUUUUUAUGGAAACGAGACCACUCUUGUUGUAAGCUUAUCGGCGCUGGGACAUUGCAUGCGCCAAAACCGUACCUUACAAACUGGCGUUUAAAAGAGAACGCCGAAAGAAGUAAUCACAGUUCCUUGAUUUCCUGACACUGUAAGAAAUUGAGGGAAAUCUAGAAGCCAACUAAGCGUAGCGACCGCCGCAGCUGCUGGCAAGGGGCAGUUAGUGCUUCUAAAAUGAGUUUUUAAAAUAUACCUCUCAAAAUCCCUUAAUGCUCGGAGUUUACAGACCUAAUAAUUCACUCGCGAAACGAAAUGUGUGUUUGUAAUUUAAAUUGUUCAACUUGAGUUUGAAAUUAAAUUGUG